AUGAAACAUUCCCGUCGUUAUCGAGAAAUCAAAGAAAAAAUCGUUAAUAAACAUUAUGAUUUGCCAGAGGCAAUCGAAUUUUUGCGGACUAAUAAUCCCGAAAAAUUAAAAAAUAUCAAAAAAAGAAAAAUAGCGGUAAUUAAAGAGGGGUUGCCUGAGGAUAUUUUGGCAGAAUGUCAAAGGAAUAGUGAAGUCAAUUUAUUGACUGUCGCCGAAGUUCGCCAACAAGUAGAGAAACAAAAAAAAUCUCAAGAAGCAAUUAAACCAUUGCAAAAAUUGCUAGGUCCCAAAGGGCUUUAUCCGACCAAAAAAAAUGGUUCUCUAACUGAGAAUAUGCUAGGAGAGGUUACUAAAUUUCAACAAGGAGAAACCGAACUAAAGACCGAUAGUGGAGGUAAUAUUCAGGCCGUAAUCGGCAGUAGUAAUUUUAGUUCCGAACAAUUGGCCGAAAAUUAUAAAGUGGUAUAUAACAAAAUAACCGAAUUAAAACCAACCGGUUGA